AUGGGGCAGGCGGCUGUUGCUGCAAUCAUUGCUCUUAGUACCAGCACCUUCUCUCGGCUCCCCAGGUGCUUUGGGGCCUGGCAGCAGUUUGUGCAAAGAGGGGCCCGGUACCGGGACCGCCUGGCUCACCGCCGGGCCAGGACCCUGAGGAUAUGUCUGCAGCAGUGGGUGCAAAUGAAGCAGCUCCAGGCCUCAGAUGGAGCGAAGGUGACCCAGCUGUCCCUCUGCCGGCAGAAGGCAGGGAACGUGGCCCUCUGCAGCUCAGCCCCUGGUGUGGCCACAGCCCAAGGCCUGGGGACGAUGGCCCAGGUGCAAGGUGGCAGCUCCCUGCGGGAAGCCUGCCGGAGACUGGCCCUCCGCCGGGCGCUGCUGCUCUGGAGGACGCGGCUCUCCCAGCGUCGGAAGGCUGACUCCUUCCUCCAGGGCAUGCGGCAGCAGAUGAUUCGGCGUAUCCUGAAGGGCUGGUGCCUGAGGGCCUGGGCUCCAGGCACCCCGUCAGACAGUGCCAGGACCACCUUGACCCCGGAGCUCCUGGGCAGCAUCCCGGGCGGGGAGGACUUGCCGGGCUGCAGCACACCCCGAAGCUCACUAGAGAAGGUUUCCAGGGCCCCCACCCUCCUGGAGACGCUCCGGCUGAGCUUUGUGUGGGCAGCUGGGCGGCAGCAGAAGAGGCGGUGCCUUCUGCUCUGGCAGGUGCGGGCACAGCAGUCCCGGAGGGCAGCGAGGUGGCACCGAUGUACUCUUCAGAGGCGCAUCCUUCUCGGCUGGAGCCACUGGGCAACAGCCCAAGGGGCCCAGAGAGAGCUGGCUGUUGGCUGGGCCUGGGAUCGGAGCUGCAGGGCCGCACUGGGCUUGUGGCGGCGGCGGCUGGCACAGAGGCUGCAGACAGAGCGGUGCGUUCGGGCCCGGGGUCGCACACUGGUCCGGGGCGCCCUGCACCGCUGGCACGGCUGCUGGCAGAGGCGGCAGCUCCUGCACGAAAAGUACCAGCAGUGGGUGCAGGUGCAACUCCAGGGCCUGAGGAGGUCCGUGUUCCGGGACUGGCGACAGGCAGCAGCUCGUCGGAGACGCACAGCGGCCCCGCCAGAGCAGCCCCUACUGCAGAGCCAUUUCCAGGCCCCGUGUGGAGUUGUGAGAGACACAGGGGUGUUCCCAGCCAUCAGAGCCUUUCGGGAUGGCCCGAGAAGGGCCCUGGGGACCACAUUUUCCAUGUGGCAGGAAGCCGGAGCGGCCAAAGCCUGGGCACAGGAGCAGCCUGUGGCCCGGGUCCCCGUGACCCACUGGAGAAGCCGUGCACGGGGGGGCCCGACGGACGGGCAGCUGAGGAGGGUCCUAGAGGCCUGGGCCCAGGCAGCAGCCAGGGGCCGUGUCCAGGGAGCCUCCAUCACCCAGUUCCGGCAGGCUGCGUCCAGACGCCUCCUGUGGACCUGCUGGGCCCAGUGGCGGGCAGUGCUGCUCAGUGGGCAAUUGGAACCACAGGAGGCAGAGGCGCAGGAAGCCUGCCCGGUUGACCGCAGGCAGCGGCCCGGGGUGGCCAGCAGAGGGCGCCUCCUAGCACUGAUGGACACUCCAGCCCCGUGGAAGCAGACCCACCGCUGCAGGACGCGGCCCAGCCCAACGCGGCACCACGGCGGCGGUGGACCGAAGGAGCAGAGAGAAAUGUCCUGGGCUCAGAGUGACAGAGAGCCUCGCCUCUGCCGUGCCUUCCAGGUCCAGCUGCAGUGGCCUGGACGCGCCAGCCAGGCCCAGGGCCCGCCGCCCGGAAAACCAGGAGGGGACUGCAGCUCUGAGGCCAGUGUCCUCAAAGGCCAAGGCGUGGCCGCUGAGAGGCAGCUGGGGAGGAGAUACCUGCAGCGCUGGCACCUUGAGGCCUUGCUUCGCCGGCUCCAGGGCUCCCAGCAGGCCAGGUGCCUGGCGGCAACAUGGCAGCACUGGGUGGACGCUCAGGGAGAGGAGCAGCUGGCACGGACGCUCCUCAGGCAGUGGCACCUGAAGCGGGCCUGGCGGGUGUGGCGGCGGCGAGUCCUGCGGCUGCGGGCGGCUCGGCGAUUGCAGCAACAGGAAGGCGGCCGGGUCCUUUCCCAGGACUUUGAGAAGUGGUGCCAACAGCUGGCAGCCAGGGGCCGGAAGAGAGGAGCCACCAGCAGCCCGGUACCCCCUGAGCAAGGCGGGCAUCGGGAGCCCUGGGAGCAGGCUGGAAGCUGCUGGGGUGGACGUGGGCGGGGCAAGGGGCCCAGCUGCAGCUGUGACUUGUUCCCCUGGAAAUAAAAACAGAACUGUGCCCAGCCUUCGUGAGGAAGGAACCACGUCCCACCCAUCCGGGGAGUGCAGGCUCAAGCCACCAGGCACUCAUCCCACAGCCUGGGGACAGAGCUCUGAAGGACAAUAAAACACCCUCCUUGGUCC